ACGUCCUAAUAUUCAUACCUUUCAUCUUAAUUGACUCUACUCGCGUGUAUAAGUGAUGAAACGAAUUCUACUCUUGCAGAAAUAUGCCCAACCGGAGAUACCGAAAUCCUUUGCGCCUAUCCGCUAUUACUGGAAAUCGGACGUACCGAUGGACAAAAACACGACGUAUCGUCUCUCCUACUGGGAGGGACCCAGCACCAUGGUCGAACCUAUUCGUCCUGAAGACAAUCUAACAUGCGACGACGCGGCGAUGUCGGACGAGACGACGCACAAAAUGAGUUAUCUUGGCAAUUGGUGCAUAAAAACGGAACCAUCAAUGACACCUUGCACAAGAGAUUGGUUGGGUAGAGGCCCGAUGCAGGACGUAACGACGAACAAACACGAUUAUUCGUGGAAAUUCGUAGACCGAACGGAACCGUUAAAGGCGCAGAACAAUUUGUAUUCGCCAUGUGCUGCUUUGUGCGAUGACACGACAUAUCGCUUGAGCUACUUUAAUUCUUCCUGCCUACCCCCGACGAUGUCCUUCGCGCCCAUUAGGAAAUACGUCAAGUCGGAUGUGCCAAUGGAAGGUUGCACGACAUACAGGCUCAGCUAUUGGCCAAACGAAGCUCUCACGAAAGAAGAGCAACCGUGGAAUCAGAAAACCGAGUACUGUCGUCCAGUGACACCGAUGGACGGCUGCACGACUUACAAACUGAGUUACUGGCCGCAUUGCGAGAAGCCUCGUGAAUCUAUCCGUGUUCAGGACAACGAGAACGUACUGAACGUCAGUUGUUGCUUCGACGACAAUACUACGUACCGGCUCAGCUAUUUCGGGUGCGGCGGUGACAAGCCGCCGGAUCCCAUUCGCCAGACGGGCAACAUGGUCUUCUCGUCGUGUCCGCUCUCUCACGACACUGUGAACCGACUGAGCUUCUUAGGAAACUGGUGCGUCAAGCCGGAGUCGCCCAUCAUCCCUUGCACCAGGGAAAUGCUAGGUAGAGGUCCGAUGCAGGACGUGACCACGCAGAAGCACGAUUACACCUGGAAACGAACGGCGCCAUCGGUGCAAUUCCGACCCGAGAAUAAUCUUGUCUUCUCGUCCUUGCCGUUGGAAAGUUGCACAACUCACCGAUUGUCUUACAUACCGAACGAUUACGCGUCUUUGACGCCCCAUAAAUCGUACGCGCCCAUACAUAAGCACCAGCAGUCGGACAUCCCGAUGGAAUCUGAGACCACGAUGCGACUGAGUUACCAGCCCGUGGAGGCGGACCAGGUCGAGAAACCAUGGACUGUAUCUCCGUUCUAUUGCCCACCCGUAGAUCCCAUGGAGGACAACACCACGUACAAUAUGAGCUACAUUCCGCCAGGAACACUCGUCCCGCUUUGUCCCGCGGCGUGUCCCUCGGCGAACACCUGUGAAAGUAACAUCACUCAAAAUUCCUCUCUCCUCUGUGUCACUUUCGCCGACAAAUUGUGUAAACGAUGAAUAUUUUUCAGUGUCAUCGUCAUCGCAAGCUUGUCCCGCGUCGUAAGUAGAGAAAAGUGCAAGCGGGCGGCCACGAGCGUGCGUUUCGUUUUUGUCCUCUCUGCAAGUCCCGUCGUUCGAGUGUGCACAUGUGGAAGUGUUUGUGAUCUGUCCCCCAUGUACCUUGUCCUGACAAUAAAACAUCCCCGUCCCGCGACUCCUCGAUAUAACAGUACGUUAAUCUGUCGCGGAGAUCGAGGAGACUACCGGCCACGAUUUCGCAAUUGUACCGUUACGAUUAUCGCGAUCGCGUAUGACGGAUUGCGAUGUGAAGCUUGAUUUUUCACAUGGUCGAUGCGUCGCG